ACCAUUCCACCAUUUUCUUUCUUUUAUUUUCUCUCUGCUCCACACCAUUCCAUAUAUUGGACUCAACUCACGCAGGCGUAUAUAUUUUGAGCUAUAUAUGGUAUAUAUAUUAUAUUUUUUCUGCAUUUUGUAGAGAGAGAAAGCAGAGAGGGAGGGAUUCGUAAUGAACGGCGACGAAUCUAAGGAUCAGAAAAUUAUGAGAAGAAUGCAACUCUGUUCAGAGAGUUGAAAGAUGUUCCAGAUCGAAACCCUAGUUUUGUGCUCUCUGAUGGCCGGUCGGCUGGAUUGAAUCGAAAUCUCGGAACGUAGCGAGUCUGAUUUAUUGGUCUUUCAGAUCGGGGGGAGAGAGAGAGAGAGAGAGAGAGAGAUGCCUUCGCACGCGGAUCUGGAUCGGCAGAUCGAGCACUUGAUGGAUUGCAAGCCCCUUUCGGAGGCGGAGGUCAAGGCGCUCUGCGAUCAAGCUAGGGCUAUUCUGGUCGAGGAGUGGAAUGUGCAGCCGGUGAAGUGUCCGGUUACGGUGUGUGGUGAUAUUCAUGGACAGUUCUAUGAUCUGAUCGAGCUGUUCCGGAUUGGAGGAAAUGCUCCCGACACCAAUUAUCUUUUCAUGGGCGAUUAUGUUGAUCGGGGGUACUACUCAGUGGAGACUGUGACACUUUUAGUGGCUUUGAAGGUUCGUUAUAGAGAUAGAAUUACAAUCCUUAGAGGAAAUCAUGAGAGCCGGCAAAUUACUCAAGUGUAUGGGUUUUAUGAUGAAUGCUUGAGGAAAUAUGGAAAUGCCAAUGUCUGGAAGUAUUUCACAGAUCUUUUUGAUUAUCUUCCCCUUACAGCACUGAUUGAGAGCCAGGUUUUCUGUUUGCAUGGAGGACUUUCACCAUCUCUGGAUACAUUGGACAAUAUCCGAGCACUGGACCGCAUACAGGAGGUUCCACAUGAAGGACCAAUGUGCGAUCUUUUGUGGUCUGAUCCAGAUGAUCGGUGUGGUUGGGGAAUUUCUCCACGUGGAGCCGGCUACACAUUUGGACAGGAUAUAGCUGCUGUGUUCAACCACACCAAUGGGCUCUCUCUGAUAUCUAGGGCCCAUCAGCUUGUCAUGGAAGGUUAUAACUGGUGUCAGGAAAAAAAUGUGGUGACAGUAUUUAGUGCUCCUAACUACUGUUACCGGUGUGGGAACAUGGCUGCAAUACUGGAAAUUGGGGAGAACAUGGAGCAGAAUUUCCUUCAGUUCGACCCGGCACCUCGGCAAAUUGAGCCUGACACCACCCGCAAAACUCCAGAUUAUUUUUUGUGAUCUCAAUACCUCAAUUGGCUGUUUGUAAUCCCAAUUUGCAUCAUCUUGUAGCUGUAGGUUUGUCUACAGGAAGGAGCUUUGUUGCCUGACGCCCUUUGUUAAAACAUCAUUCUUUUCCUGUGGAGUUUUGUCUUGCUGCUCAAGGAUCAAGAAGAGAACCGUUGGAAGAUGGCGCCAAACAACUCUUUUUCUCUUCUUUGUAUAUUGUCAAGUGGAGGAAGCAGCAAUGACAAUGAUAUAUUUGUGUUAUGUAAUUUUAUAAUUUAAGAUAGAAGCUGGGCCUUGGUCUGGGUUUGGGUUGGAUGUAGGGGUCGGUUGCCUUCCCUUAGCUGGAAGAUGGUAGCCGAGAAUGUGGAUACUGUUGUUCAAGUUUAUAGAAUCGGAUUUUUGUGUCUUUUGGAGGAA